AUGGCUGGUAGAGCAGUGAAUAGAAGGCCAACUUUCAGCCCAGACAUCAAUGCUAUCUACAAUCCUGGUAAAGGAGUGGCCACUCCCACACUUGCAAUUAAAGCAGGUCCAGGACUACCAACUUUGGGACCACCUGUUGGGUAUGUGGAGCCUGAUUGUGUGACACCUCAGGAAGUGCAGGAGAGCAUCGGUUUAGUGGGAAUCCGAAUUCCCAACACCACCAACUACACAACCAGCUCUAGUGCCAUCAGUGUUUUGGAUUACAACAACACAGAUGGAAAUAUCAACAUCCUUCCAUUGCUCAAAACCAUAAUCAGCCACAAAAUACCAGUAUGGAUCUUCAGUGGUGAUCAAGACUCAGUUGUUCCAUUGUUAGGAUCUCGAACACUUGUCCGAGAACUAGCACAUGAGAUGAAACACAGCAUUACAGUUCCAUAUCGUGCAUGGUUCUAUAAAGACCAGGUGGGAGGAUGGAUGACAGAGUAUGGGAAACUGCUGACAUUUGCUACAGUGAGAGGUGCUGCUCAUAUGGUUCCUUAUGCACAACCAGGAAGAGCUCUGCAACUCUUCAAGUCAUUUGUGAAAGGACAGAGACUUCCAAACAUAACACAAACUUCCUUUUGAUCUUUUGUUUUUGUACUGUUUCAAAUCACAUUUUUGUGAACUUUUGAAGAAGCACAAAUAAUAACAGAAGAAUA